AUGAUGUCGUACCUGAAAGUAAUGAUCACAUGGAACAUACUUUGCGUUUCCCUGGCGAUCCUCUCACUGUCCUUGAUUCCAGAAGUCUCUUCUCAAGAUUUAUCAUCAAGCUGUACAGGGAGAUGUGGGGCAGGGUAUUCUAGACAGCAUGACUGCCAGUGUGAUUCUAGCUGUCAUCGCUUCAUGGAGUGCUGCUCUGACUACAAGAAAGUCUGCACACAGGCACUCUCCUGUGAAGGACGUUGCUUUGAAGCCUUUGAAAGAGGAAGGGAGUGUGACUGUGAUGCAGACUGUGACAGGUACGGCAAAUGCUGCCCGGACUACACCAAAUUCUGCAAAGAGGCACACACACCAAAGCCAUCACCAACUGCUCCAGAAAACAAAUCAACAUCUAAAAGGUCAUCCAAAGAUGAGGAGAAGCCACCAGAGGAUGAAGCAGAGACCACUAUAGCUCCAACAGAUCCACCUACAACAACAGAGGCACCAACAACUGAAGCAGAUGCACCCACCACCCCUGAACCUGAAGACACAACUCCUGAAGACACAGAGGCACCAACAACUGAAGAAGAACCUCCCACCACCUCUGAACCUGAGGAGACAACCCCAGAGGCCACAGAGGCACCAGAAGAAGAUUCUCCCACCACCCCUGAACCUGAGGAGACAACUCCAGAGGCCACAGAGGCGCCAGAAGAAGACUCUCCCACCACCCCUGAACCUGAGGAGACAACCACAAAGGCACCAGAAGAAGAUUCGCCCACCACCCCUGAACCUGAAGAAGCAACCCCAGAGGCCACAGAGGCACCAGAAGAAGAUUCUCCCACCACCUCCAAACCUGAGGAGACAACUCCAGAGGCCACAGAGGCACCAGAAGAAGACUCUCCCACCACCCCUGAACCUGAAGAAGCAACCCCAGAGGCCACAGAGGCACCAGAAGAAGAUUCUCCCACCACCCCCAAACCUGAGGAGACAACUCCAGAGGCCACAGAGGCACCAGAAGAAGACUCUCCCACCACCCCUGAACCUGAAGAAGCAACCCCAGAGGCCACAGAGGCACCAGAAGAAGACUCUCCCACUACCCCCAAACCUGAGGAGACAACUCCAGAGGCCACAGAGGCACCAGAAGACGACUCUCCCACCACCCCUGAACCUGAAGAAGCAGCCCCAGAGGCCACAGAGGCACCAGAAGAAGACUCUCCCACCACCCCCAAACCUGAGGAGACAACUCCAGAGGCCACAGAGGCACCAGAAGACUCUCCCACCACCCCCAAACCUGAGGAGACAACUCCAGAGGCCACAGAGGCGCCAGAAGACGACUCUCCCACCACCCCUGAACCUGAAGAAGCAGCCCCAGAGGCCACAGAGGCACCAGAAGAAGACUCUCCCACCACCCCCAAACCUGAGGAGACCACCACAGAGGCACCAGAAGAAGACUCUCCCACCACCCCUGAACCUGAAGAAGCAACCCCAGAGGCCACAGAGGCACCAGAAGAAGACUCUCCCACUACCCCCAAACCUGAAGAAGCAACCCCAGAGGCCACAGAGGCACCAGAAGAAGACUCUCCCACUACCCCCAAACCUGAGGAGACAACUCCAGAGGCCACAGAGGCACCAGAAGAAGACUCUCCCACCACCCCUGAACCUGAAGAAGCAACCUCAGAGGCCACAGAGGCACCAGAAGAAGACUCUCCCACCACCCCCAAACCUGAGGAGACAACUCCAGAGGCCACAGAGGCACCAGAAGAAGAUUCUCCCACCACCCCCAAACCUGAGGAGACAACUCCAGAGGCCACAGAGGCAGCAGAAGAAGAUUCUCCCACCACCCCUAAACCUGAGGAGACAACUCCAGAGGCCACAGAGGCAGCAGAAGAAGAUUCUCCCACCACCCCUAAACCUGAGGAGACAACUCCAGAGGCCACAGAGGCGCCAGAAGAAGAUUCUCCCACCACCCCUGAACCUGAGGAGUCAGCUCCAGAGGCCACAGAGGCACCAGAAGAAGAUUCUCCCACCACCCCCAAACCUGAGGAGACAACCCCAGAGGCACCACAAGAUUCUCCCACCACCCCCAAACCUGAGGAGACAACCCCAGAAGCACCACAAGAUUCUCCCACCACCCCCAAACCUGAGGAGACAACUCCAGAGGCACCAGAGGCACCAACAACCAAGGAAGACACUCCCACCACCUCCAAACCUGAAGAGACAACUCCAGAAGCACCAACCACCAAGCCUGACUCUCCCACAACCCCCAAACCUGAAGACACAACCCCAGAGGCACCAACCACCAAGCCUGAGUCUCCCACCACUCCCAAACCUGAAGAGACCACCCCAGAGGCACCAACCACCAAGCCUGACGCUCCCACCACUCCUAAACCUGAAGAGACAACUCCAGAGGCACCAACCACCAAGCCUGAGUCUCCCACCACUCCCAAACCUGAAGAGACCACCCCAGAGGCACCAACCACCAAGCCUGACUCUCCCACAACCCCCAAACCUGAAGAGACCACCCCAGAGGCACCAACCACCAAGCCUGACGCUCCCACCACUCCUAAACCUGAAGAGACAACUCCAGAGGCACCAACCACCAAGCCUGAGUCUCCCACCACUCCCAAACCUGAAGAGACCACCCCAGAGGCACCAACCACCAAGCCUGACUCUCCCACAACCCCCAAACCUGAAGAGACCACCCCAGAGGCACCAACCACCAAGCCUGACUCUCCCACCACUCCAAAACCUGAAGAGACCACCCCAGAGGCACCAACCACCAAGCCUGACUCUCCCACAACCCCCAAACCUGAAGACACAACCCCAGAGGCACCAACCACCAAGCCUGACUCUCCCACCACUCCCAAACCUGAAGAGACCACCCCAGAGGCACCAACCACCAAGCCUGACUCUCCCACCACUGCCAAACCUGAAGAGGGAACUGAAACUGUUACUACUUCUCUAACUGAAAAGUCAACAAUUACAGCAGAAGCAACCACCUUCAAUAAAGAGGUAACAACAACCAAGAAAGAAAAAACUACUGUGCUUAAAGACAUUUUCACAUCAGCAACUAGGAAAGACCAAACUACCACUGUAGAUCUAGGGGUAACAGCUAAACCAGUUGUCACUACAAUGUCUGAAUCAGAAGCAACUACCGUUGACAAAAAGACUUCAACAACUGCUGCAGAAGAAGAAACAACCCUAGCUGCGCAGGACAAGACUCCCACACCGAAAGAGACAACAGCUAAAGAAGAACAUCCUGUGGGAACAGCAACUGUAAAAACCACCACAGCAGCCACAACUCCCUUGGCCAAGCCCACUCUGUUGCCAACAACUGCCAAAACAGAUUCAGCCUCUAAACCCAAAGACACAACUACAGAAGCUAAAGAAACUACGACAGCUAAAGAGGGCACAAAUACUGUAUGUGUUGUUGUAGAGACAACAACAGCUGGUAGAAAAGAGGUAACGACCAUGAAAGAAACCAGCGUCACAUCUGAGAAAGAAAUAGAAGGUGCCACUGAAAAAGCCCCUGCUACUGAGAGAGAAGAGGAAACUACAGUUACCCAAGUGACCACUACAAGAGAUAAAAAAGACACAAUAGAAGAAAUGUUCCUUGUUUCUAAUGGGACAUCCAAGCCAACUAUACAUUUCCAGGAGAUUGGUGACACGAGAGAGGAGCCUCAGCCAGCCAGCCCUGAAACUCUGCCAGUAAAAGAGCCGGAGAUAAACAACCAGCCUCUAACCGAAACUGCCGACUUGCCAAUUCAGACUGGAGAAACACAAGCGAUGAGGGACGAGAAGGACCUGUGCAACGGGAAGCCGGCAGACGGCAUGGUGGCCCUGCCCAAUGGCACUCUGGCCGUCUUUCGAGGUCACUACUACUGGCUGCUCAAUGGCCGGAGCCCGCCGACCACCAACCCCCGCCGGAUCAGCGACGGCUGGGGCAUCCCUUCCCCCAUCGACUCGGUCUUCUCCAGGUGCAACUGCGACGGCAAGACCUUCUUCAUCAAGGGUCCCCUAUAUUGGCGUUUCACAAAUGGAGUUAUGGAUCAAGGCUAUCCCAAACCUCUUGCCAAUGGAUUUGCAGGGCUCCGUGGGAAAAUAGUAGCAACCCUCCCAGUGGCAAGAUACAACAGCAGACCAGAAUCUGUUUAUUUUAUCAAAAAAGAUGGCAACAUGCAACAGUAUGUGUACAAACAAGAACCAGCCAGGAAAUGUCAAAGGAGAAGGCGGGUUACCAUCCGAUACCCAGCUUACGUCCCAAGGAUUGUGAUACGCAGACGCUUCCAACGUGCAGUGAGAAUGCCAACUGUUAUCCAGACUGUCAGGGUCAACCCAUACCCAGCAGGAGUUCUGCGCAACGAAAUCAAAGUGAAUUCAUACUGGAGAGGGCUCCCCAAGGUCAUCCAUUAUACCCUGUCAUUACCCAACGACAACAAGCCAGAUGGAUAUGAUUAUUAUGCCUUCUCUUACAAUCGCUACUACAGCUUGGAUGUUGGCAAAAGAAUUGCAAGACCUGUUACUGCUCUCACCGGAAAGACCGUGACCAAAGACUGGUACAACUGUCCUAGCAAGUGA